ACACAAUCAGCAUUGAGCAAGGGAUUAAAAGAUAGCGUACGUUGGUCGAGUAGAGUGAAGUACGUACUUUCAAGCAUUUCUUGCAACCAAAAUUUGCAGGAAAAGGAACUUGAGGAAUGGAACAGAUAUUCAUCUACCCUGCAAUACCCCCAACCGAUCGUGCUUCCAUUGAAAACAAAAAGCUACUUGAAUGCAAAGGGCUGGUCAUUGACAUUGACAAUCAUUCCAUUAAAAAAAAAAGAAGACUUGAAUGCAAAGAGCUGAUCAUUGACAUUCCACUGGAACUGGAGGCUUCUCGUUGUCCUGAUAAGUACUGUAUCUACAGGGUUCCCAAGAGACUUCGCGAGGUCAAUAAUAAGGCCUACACCCCUCGGCUGGUUUCUAUCGGCCCUUUUCAUCACCGCCGUGAAGAGUUGAAGGACAUGGAUAAAAAAAAAUUCCUAAUUUUGAAGAAUUUCUGUAAUCGUACUGGGAAGAACAUCGAGGAUCUUAAAUGCAUCAUCAGGCCCAAAGAAAUGGAAAUCCGCAGCUGCUAUUCAGAGACCUUUCUACUCAGCAGUGAAGGGUUUCUAAACAUGAUUCUACUGGAUGCUAUCUUUAUACUUGAGCUCUUCCACAGGAAAUAUGAAAACUCAAAGGCUCAAGAAAAAGAUUCUGGAAACUCAAAGGCUCAUUAUGAAAUAGAUUAUAUAUUAAGCCGACCGUGCAUAGAACGCGGCAUACAGCAUGACCUGCUUCUACUUGAGAAUCAGCUCCCUUUCUUUGUUCUUAAGAAGUUAUACCAACAUGCGGAACCCAAUACAAGAAAAAAGACUCUUAUUGAGAUCUCUUGUUGGUUUUUUGGUGAUCUCUAUUAUGGUUGGAAGCCAGAGUCCAAGAACCGUUUUAAUGAUUUGGUGGGAUAUUUUUUUGCUCCACAAAACUCAAGCCCAAGCUCACCAAAGCAUUUCACAGAUUUGGUGAGAUAUUUUUUCCUUCCACUAGGCCCAAACCAAAGCUCACCAAAGCCCAGUGAAGAAAACCGAAAAGAAGGGCCCAAAGGAAAUAAAACACACCUACAUUUUACAGCAACAAAGCUUAACGAGGCAGGUUUGAAAUUCAUUCCCACAGAUCCAGAAACAUAUUUACUUGAUAUAAAUUUCCGGGAGAAUAUCUGCUUAGAAAGUUUACCGUACUUCAAUCUCUCAUGGUUCUUGUCUUGCUUACCAUGCCUGAAAAGCACUUGCUUGUUCCAUAUGCAACGUUUCUUGGAAGUCCCACCCCUUCAGUUAGACGACAAAACCGAAGGUCUUUUCCGAAACCUGAUGGCCUUGGAGCAGUGCCAUUAUCCAUCUGAAACAUACAUCUGCGAUUACAUUGUGCUGUUGGAUGAUCUUAUCACAACUAAAGCAGAUGUAAGGUUGCUUGUUGACAAGAAGAUCAUUGUUAACGAGUUAGGUUCCAGCGCUGCAGUGACGAAACUGGUUAACAACCUCGGCCUGGAGAUUGAAGAAAGGGGAAACCAUUACGCCGAGCUCUGUGGAAAGCUUAAUAAGUACUCCGAGAGCAAUUGGAAUCGUCUGGUGGGAACCUUGACUAGUGUGUAUUUCACAGACUUUUUUAAAGGCACUGCUACUGUUCUUGGAAUUAUUGUCCUGGGUCUCACUUUGUGGAAUUUCAACAGGCUCCUUAGAUUGAGUGGUAGCAAGUACUAGAUUUGAAGCAUCUCAUGUGGGUAGUGUUUGUUGGAGUGCUAUAUAAAAUGCUAGCUAGCUGUUAGAUUCGCGUGGUGGAUCGCAUAUAGCUAAUUAAUUCGUAGGUUUUUCUAACCAUUUGUAUUUUGGAAGUUUUAUGACUUUGGUUUAGCAAAUAUGGAAUAUCAGUGGAGUCUGCCGUCUGUGAUCUGUGUAUUGCAGCAAAUUAAGUUCUACGCUUUGUUCCUCUACUAUUACCAGCAAAUAAAGCCAGAUCCAGUUGCAUGGCAUUCAAUGUAGAAAUUGUUUUAAAA